AUGUCUGAAAACACUGAAAACUUGAAGAACUUGUCAAUUAACGAGCAAAAACCAGAAGGUGAAGCUCCAGCUCCAGCUGCUGCUUCAACUGAACCAGUCAUCUUAGGUGAAGAUGGUCAACCUUUAUCUAAAAAAGCUUUAAAGAAAUUAGAAAAAGAAAAAGAAAAAGAACGUAAAAAGCAAGAAAGAGCUGCUCAAUUAGCUAAAGAAAAAGCUGAAAAAGAAGCUCAAGCUGCUAAUGAUCCAGCUAAAGAAAAUUAUGGUAAAUUACCAUUAAUUCAAUCAACUUCAAGAUCUGGUGUUCAAAGAGUUAAAUUCCAAGAUUUAUCUGCUUCUAAUGAUGGUGAAGAAGUUGUUUUUAGAGCUAGAGUUCAUAACACUCGUCAACAAGGUGCUACUUUAGCUUUCUUAACUUUAAGACAACAAGCUGAAUCAAUUCAAGCUUUAGUUAAAGUUAAUGGUGAAUCAAUUUCUAAACAAAUGGUUAAAUGGGCUGGUUCAAUUAAUCAAGAAUCAAUUGUUUUAGUUCAUGGUACUGUUAGAAAAGUUGAUGAAUUAAUUAAAUCAACUUCAGUUCAAGAUGUUGAAAUUCAAGUUAAUAAAAUCUUUACAAUUGUUGAAACUCCACAACAAUUACCAAUUUUAAUUGAAGAUGCUCAAAGAUCCGAAGAACAAGCUGAAGCUGCUGGAUUACCAGUUGUUAAUUUAGAUACUAGAUUAGAAUCAAGAGUUAUUGAUUUAAGAACUGCAACUAAUCAAGCUAUUUUCAAAAUUCAAGCUGGUGUUACUUCAUUAUUUAGAGAAUUUUUAGAAAAUAAAAAAUUUACUGAAAUUCAUACACCAAAAUUAUUAGGUGCAGCUUCAGAAGGUGGUUCAAAUGUUUUUGAAGUUACUUAUUUUAAAAAUAAAGCUUAUUUAGCUCAAUCACCUCAAUUAUAUAAACAACAAUUAAUUGCAUCUGAUUUUGAAAGAGUUUAUGAAGUUGCUCCAGUUUUCAGAGCUGAAAAUUCAAAUACUCAUCGUCAUAUGACUGAAUUUGUUGGUUUAGAUUUAGAAUUAUCAUUUGAAGAACAUUAUCAUGAAGUUUUAGAUUUAUUAUCAGAUUUAUUUGUUUUCAUUUUUGGUGAAUUACAAAAUAGAUAUUCUAAAGAAAUUGCCUUAGUUAGAAAACAAUAUCCAGUUGAAGAAUUUAAAUUACCAAAAGAUGGUAAAAUGGUUCGUUUACAUUUUAAAGAAGGUAUUGAAUUAUUACGUACUAAAGGUGGUAGAACUGAUAUUGAUGAUUUUGAAGAUUUAAGUACUGAAGAUGAAAAAUUAUUAGGUAAAUUAGUUCGUGAAGAAUAUGAUACUGAUUUCUAUAUUUUAGAUAAAUUCCCAUUAGCUAUUAGACCAUUUUAUACUAUGCCAGAUGCUGAAGAUCCAAGAUAUUCAAAUUCUUAUGAUUUCUUCAUGAGAGGUGAAGAAAUCUUAUCAGGUGCUCAACGUAUCCAUGAUCCAGAAUUCUUAGCUAAAAGAAUGGAAGCUCAUGGUGUUGAUCCAAAAUCUGAUGGUUUAAAAGAUUAUGUUGAUGCAUUUACUUAUGGUUGUCCUCCUCAUGCUGGUGGUGGUAUUGGUUUAGAACGUGUUGUUAUGUUCUAUUUGGACUUGAAAAACAUCCGUCGUGCCUCAUUAUUCCCUCGUGAUCCAAAGAGAUUACGUCCAUGA